CAAAAAAAUACAAAAAAAUCAAACACAUCCCUGAAAAACCUCUUACAAAAGAUUUUGUUUUUCACCUUUCUUUCCAACCAAAAUUCACCACCACCAUAAAGCCCAACACACCCAUAAAGCUGCCUUUUCUUUCCCUUUUUCCAACUUUUGUUGUUCAACAUAAAGUUGUGAACUUUGGUGUCAUGAGUAUACAAUUUUACUCAUUUGUGAAUCUUUAGGGUUAUUUUUGUUUAUCAUUUUUUGUAAUAGAUACAGAGAUGCAAACAGAGAAAUCUGAGCCAGUAAGAUCGGUGAUAGCAGAUACAAGAGGAAAACAUAGAAUAUCUGCUGAAUUGAAAAGACUUGAACAAGAAACUCGCCAUUUAGAGGAGGAGCUGGACCAGCUUGAGAAAAUGGAAGCAGCCUCCGCUGCAUGCAAGGAAAUAUUAAAUAAUGUGGAAACAAGGCCGGAUCCGUUACUUCCCACGACACAUGGGCCUGCAAACCCAUCAUGGGAUCAAUGGUUCGAGGGACCUAAAGAUAAAUCCGGUUGCAGAUGCUGGAUACUCUAACAAUAAUGUGAAUAAAUUCAUUGGAGUUCACCCAAGGUUCAUGCAUUGCCAUCUCCAUUAUACAAUCUCAAUUACAGAUACAGAGAAGAAUCUUAUUUUCCAGAUCGUCCUUGUGCAGAAAUGUCUAAUUCUUUUUCGUUUGUAGAGAAAAUUAAAAUCUGUGAGAGUUCUCAUUAUUUUUCAUUUUGUUAUCAAAAGAUUUUCAUUUUUUGCAGAUAA